AUGGCAGCGCCGUACGACUCGUCUCGUCCGCCGCGCUUGGGAGCGACUUUCUAUCCAGGCGCCGUCGACGACUACCAGAUGCCGGAAGUCAUCUCGCCUGCUCCUCAGAGGGUCAUGCCCGAAGUCCCAGAGAACAUGCAAGAUAACCUCGCGCACUUCGAGCUCGACGCCGCUGGCCCUAACUCCAACCUGCGCCCUCAUCAGCAGCAGCAGCAGCAUUUCCCAAGUCGCGGCUCCUCGAUGAAUAACCAAGGGGGAUUAGGCUACUCUGCUCCAACCUCUCCGUCCUAUCCCCCGCAGCAACAGUAUGGCGGCGGUGGCAGCGGCUACGAGGCCCCCAACUUUUCUCCCUUUCCACCUCUGAUCAACCCUCCCCCCAACGUACCCCCCAGUGACGAAGAGCGCGAAGCCAACCUCGAACAGGGCCGUGUGGCCGUGCUCGGCUCCAACGAUGCAGAGAUGCAGCUUGCCUGGGCGCAGGAUGCCCUCUCCUACGUCGAAGUAGCCAUGCAGAACGAACUGCGCAACCAGGUCGCCUACCCCCCGCGGCCGCAGACACCGCAGACGGAACACCAGCUCAAGGCUGAUGCCAUCAACAUUGUCACAUUCCUGGCAGAGCAGCGACAUCCGCGUGCCAUGUUCAUCCAGGGCAUGUGGCUCGAGUUUGGCAAGUUUGGGUUCCGGGUCGACAAAAAGGAGGCGUUUCGAUGCUACUCGCGGGCCGCUGAAGGUGGCUAUGCGCGCGCAGAGUACCGUAUGGGAAUGCAAUUUGAGAGCUCAAACGAACCGCUAAAGGCUAUCAAGCAUUACGAGAACGGAGUCAGGCUGGGGGACUCGGCUUCAUACUACCGCCUAGGGAUGAUGAUACUGCUGGGCCAGCAUGGCCAACGGCAGGACUACGCUGUGGGACUUGACCAUAUACGCUACGCAGCGCAAACAUGCGACGAGAACGCCCCCCAGGGCGCAUACGUCUACGGAAUGCUGCUAGCUCGUGAACUUCCCCAGGUCUCGAUCCCUGACGAAUACCUCACCCACGACCUUGGCGCUGCCCGCAUCAACAUCGAGAAGGCAGCCUACCACGGCUUCGCAAAGGCACAGGUCAAAAUGGGCUCCGCAUACGAACUAUGCCAGCUAGACUGUGACUUUAACCCGGCUUUAUCGAUUCACUACAACGCUCUGGCUGCUCGUCAGGGUGAACCAGACGCCGAAAUGGCGAUUAGCAAAUGGUUCCUGUGUGGACAUGAAGGCGUGUUUGAGAAAAACGACGAGCUUGCAUUCACCUACGCCAAGAGAGCAGCUCAAUCUGGCCUGUCAACUGCUGAGUUCGCCCUGGGAUACUUUUAUGAGAUUGGUAUCUACACUGCUGUCGAUAUCAAGGAAGCUCGAAGCUGGUACGCUAAGGCUGCUGCGAACGGAAACAAGGACGCCUCAGGGCGAAUUGAAAGUAUCUCACGCUCCAAGACGCUAUCACGCAAAGACCACGAAAAGGUAGCCAUCCAGCGUAUCAAGACACAGCGUACCCAGCAGCGCUUUUCACAGCAAACCCAGCUCCAGCAGGGGCAGCCAGUACAAGAUACUCUUGAGAUGCCCGACCCAUCCCGUAUGAGUCUCCAUGACCCCACUCGACCAAUGUCAGCAGCACCAUACCCAGACGGUCCCCCGUCAGGACGCUAUGGACCACCUCGACCAGGCCCUGGUCCAAACUCACACUCCUACGGGCCCGGGGAGCCUCGCAACUCUUCUGCGUUCGGUAUCAACCCCAAUCUCCGCGCUCAGUCGGUUGGGCCGCCAAUGGGGCCACAUGGAUACCCACAGCAGGGCCGUCCGCCAAUGGGGCCUGGGCCUGGUCCCGGUCCUGGACCUGGAGGACCUGGAGGGCCUGGAGGGCCUGGUAUGGGAUCAGGGCCACCAAAACUAGAUAUUGGAUUUUCUGCCCCUCCAGACCUAUCCGGCGCAGAUAGGAGGAGGAAACCACACCGUCCCCCUGGUGCUCCGGGGCCCGGUCCUGGUCCUGGGCCUGGUCCAAACCGUAUGCCUUCCUCUCCCCCAGGAGGAAGAGGUCACGGCGGGCCACCUGGCGGACCACCAGGCGGAAGACCCGGCCCGGGUCCUGGACCUGGACCUGGACCAGCAAGUCAACCGCCCAAACCAGCUGCCAGUCCAGCAGCAAAACCACCCUCUGCCGGGCAACCUGGCAAAGGUAAAGGACCCAAGACGUUUGAAGAGAUGGGUGUGCCGCAGGGUAAGACGGAGAAUGAUUGCGUUGUUAUGUGA